GAUGGACCCGGCCAUGCACAUGAGAAGCUAAUAGUUAUGGCGACUUCUCUUGUGCUUCUUCAGACUUCCGGCCUCCCCUCUGUCAGCUCUACCAAGACUCACCUUCCAACAUUCCAUGCCCUUAAAUCCUGCUCAGCAAUGGCUGAGCUUAAGCAAUUUCACUCACAAAUAAUUCGACUUGGCCUUUCCGCCGAUAACGAUGCCAUGGGCAGAAUAAUUAAGUUCUGUGCUGUCUCUGAAUCUGGGGACCUUAAUUACGCUCAAAAAAUGUUCGAUGGAAUUCCCCAACCAGAUGCCUUCAUUUAUAACACUGUCAUUAGAGGUUACUUGCAAGCCCAACUUACCAGAAACUGCAUUCACUUGUAUUCUCAGAUGUUGCAAGCAUCUGUAUCUCCUAACCAGUUCACCUUCCCCCUUGUUGUUAGAGCUUGUUGCGUCCACAAUGCAGUUGAAGAAGGAAAACAAGUUCAUGCCCAUGUAUUGAAAUUCGGGUUCUUGGAGGAUGGCUUCUCCCAGAACAACUUGAUACAUAUGUAUGUGAAUUUUGACCGCUUGAACGAAGCAUGCAGAGUAUUUGAUAAGAUGCCUCAACGAGAUAUCGUCUCAUGGACUACCUUGAUUUCUGGUUUUUCUCAAAUGGGAUUUGUUGAUGAUGCUUAUAAAAUUUUUGAGCAGAUGCCUGAGAAGCACUCUGUGUCUUGGAAUGCCAUGAUUUCUGCAUAUGUCCAAAGCAACCGUUUCAAUGAGGCGUUUGCUCUGUUUGAGAGGAUGCAGGCAGACAAAGUGGGAUUGGAUAAGUUUGUGGCUGCAAGUAUGUUGUCGGCUUGUACAGGGUUUGGCGCUCUAGAGCAAGGAGAAUGGAUACAUCAGUAUAUUAAGAGUCAUGGGAUCGAAUUGGAUCCAAAACUUGCAACAGCAGUCAUUGACAUGUACUGUAAAUGUGGUUGCUUGGAAAAGGCUUUUGAAGUUUUUAAUGGGUUUUCUAACAAAAGCAUUUCUUCAUGGAACUGUAUGAUAGGAGGCCUAGCAAUGCAUGGGCAAGGAAAUGCUGCUAUCAAGCUCUUUAAGGAGAUGGAGAGGAAGUCUAUAGCUCCAGAUAACAUUACUUUUGUGAAUAUUCUUAGUGCUUGUGCCCAUGCAGGGUUGGUCGAAGAAGGGCGUCACUACUUCCAUUACAUGACUAAAGUUUAUGGACUUGAGCCCAAGAUGGAGCAUUUCGGGUGCAUUGUAGAUUUGCUUGGGAGAGCUGGCUUGUUACAGGAGGCAAGAAAGCUUAUAGAUGAGAUGCCUAUUAGUCCUGAUGCAGGUGUCUUGGGUGCCCUACUUGGAGCUUGUAAGAUCCAUGGAGAAAUUGAUUUGGGGGAAGAGAUAGGUAAACAGGUUAUUGAGCUAGAGCCUCAUAAUAGUGGGCGCUAUGUGUUAUUGGCUAAUCUGUAUGCAAAUGUAGGUAGAUGGGAAGAUGUUGCAAACAUCAGGAAGUUGAUGAAUGAUAGGGGAGUGAAAAAGGUUCCUGGCUUUUCUAUGAUUGAACUAGAAGGUGCUGUCAAUGAAUUCAUUGCUGGUGCAAGGACUCAUCCUCAAUCUAAAGAGAUCUAUGCCAAAGUAGAUGAAAUGCUGGAAAGCAUAAGAUCUGCAGGUUAUAUGCCAGACACUGAAGGAGUAUUGCAUGAUAUUGAUGAGGAAGAGAAGGAGAACCCACUUUACUGCCACAGUGAGAAGCUUGCUAUUGCCUAUGGUUUGUUGAAGACCAAACCUGGAGCAACAAUUAGGAUCUCAAAGAACUUAAGAGUGUGCAAAGAUUGUCACCAUGCAAGUAAGCUCAUUUCAAAGAUUUUUAAUCGUGAAAUAGUUGUUAGGGAUAGAAAUCGGUUCCACCAUUUCAGGAAUGGGGAAUGUUCUUGCAAUGAUUUCUGGUGAUAGAAAAUGGGUAA